UUGAGGUGAAAGAUUUUAUUGAAAAUGUCGGAGGAUGUGCAAACUGUAAAGCCGAAAAGAGCAUCAGAGUUGCGUUUGAACGUUGCCAACUUCUACAAUGAUCAGGAGACUCGGAACUUGUUAUUGGCAGAAGAGGCCGCAAGAACUUUUAAUAGAGAUGACUAUGACCAGGAAUUCGUUGGAGAACGUGUUUAUGAGUGUGUCAUUGGCUCCUCUGUCUGGAGAGUUUCCCGGUCAUCUCUUCUCGCUCUUUCUCUUUUCUGCACUAUAGCUGUGGCUGUAAUUGUCAUCGCAAUUGUUCUUUUGUGCACAUUCAUCACAUUGUCAAGCUCUACCGAGAUACCGGAUGACGUUACAAAUGAAGAUGUCAUUGGAGUUAUCAAUUGGCUUCAUUACCCAAUUGGCGAUCUGGCACUGCGUCGAGCUAAUUAUACAAGACCUCAUCAAAAAUGAGUGACCGUUUUUUCUCCGUCACAAAUAAGCCUCAUAUUUAUUUUUAUUUUCCUCAUAUGUCCCAAUGAACCAUUUAUAAAAUAUGUG